AUGGGUGGUCAUGCGUUUGCCCGAGCGUAUGCUCCAGGCGCGCCGACGCUCAACACGCCUCGAAUGGAUCCGGCGGAGUACCAUCAUGUCAAAGAUGUCUAUCUCCAGAAGAUCCAGUUCUGCCUCCAAGAUUGCAAAGUGGCCGUCAUGACCGAGGCACCCGACAAAGCAAGCUACGGAGACCUGGACAUUCUCAUUGCGUGCGACCGAACGAUCGACUUCAUCGACCUGGCCAACUCUCUGCGCGUCGCGGGAGUGAUGUGCCUCAGCAGCAAGAAAGCCUCACUCGCAGUUCAAAAGGACGGAACAGCCAAUCUGGGCCCAGUAACGGUCUACGAACAGUUUCUUGGCGGUAAUCAAGACACUUCUUCACCCACCGUCACAGAGGAGGAGUACGCUCAGCUCGACAUCGAAGUCGUCCCGCUGAAUCUCUUCGAGUGGCAUCGCUUCUACAGCUCGUACGGAGACAUGGCUGGCAUGAUAGGACAUAUCUGUCACCCGCUCGGCUUCACCAUCAACGAUCGUGGCCUUUGGCUUCGUCUGAAAGAGCUCGACUUCGUCAAAACAGUUCCCUACGCUGCCGCUGCAGAUCGAGACGGCAUGGUGUUCAUGUCUAGCUGCCCAACUCGCGUGAUUGAAUUCCUAGGUUGCAGGGCGGACCAGUACGAAGCUGGGUUCCAGUCGCUUGAGCAGCUCUACGAGUGGCUGGCCAAGUGCGAGCUGCUGUCUCCAGACGCGCUCAAGGUCAGGCGUGACAAAGCACAUGAGCGUGUCAGGGAGCAGACUCGUUCGGUUUACGCCGGCUUCUUCAAAGACUACCUGCCGAGGCAUAGAGACAUGCAGGGCGAGACUGAUGCGGCAAAGAGCGCCGAGGUGGUGGCAGAGCUGCGAGAGACAUGGCUGCAAAGGGCAAUUCUCGAGUUCAGCAAGCGCGAGGAGUACGAAUCGAAGCACGCCACUCUCGUGCGCGCCAUCAACAACGGCUACGCCGGCCAUCUCCUGAAGCCGCUCGUGAUGGAGCACAGCCAGAAGAUCGACAAACACGCCAACGAGAUUCUCCGCGCCUUCCGGCGGCACGUCGCCUUCGACACGGCCAAUCACCCCCAUAUCGCCCACACCGCUCACUCCGACGAGGAGUCGCAGCUCCACAAGUUUCUGACCGACGAUCAUGCGGCUUUGCGGGAUGCGGAGGCGGCGAGUGUCUGGGUACAGAUGAACUGGGAGGGACUGCGAGGACUGGAGAGGCAGAGAGGCAAGGGAGGCAGCCAGUAA